CUCUCAAAUUAUGAAUUUGUACACUCCUGGAAAUGGACUCUUUGAAACGCAUGUGACAUGGGAGGACAUUGAGGAGGAUAUGCAGAGAGAGUUGCAUACGAAAGCUUUCUUCGGUCCGAACAAAACCGCAGAAAAUAUUGCAGAUGGCAUCGGCUUUAUGUCUAGAAUUGUCCUCAUAAAUCCUGAUUGGCAAAAUGCGGACAAGCAGCUUCCAGCAAAAUUCAUUGUGAAGAUCCUCACGCAGCUGCUUUUGGCAAAACUGACAGCAGAAAUGGGUGUCACGAGUGAUUUCAGGGUCAAAUUCGAUGAACCUCAAAAAAUGUUACAUAACGGCGAGGUAUCUGUAUACAGCCAUCUGAUAGAAUAUGGGCAUGAAAAUUUUCCCAUCCCUAAGAUCUACUUCAUGAGAAAGUUCUCUAAAUCCAACCCUGUCAAAGGUUAUAUCAUUAUGGAGUACUUAGAAAAUGUCAAGACUAUGAAGAUUUACAAUAACAUCACUGUCGAUUCCGUAAAACAGGUUUUCGCGGCCAUAGCAAUCUUGGAAGCCAUGUCACUCCAAUUUACCCCAGAGGAAAAGAAAGAGUUCACACGACCUCACUUCGAAAUGUUUCAUGGAAUGUUUUACAACGAAGAUCUUUUGCACAACUGUAUGAAAUCGCUCCGAACGUUCGGCAAUGGUAGACUGCACGACAAAGUUGAGAAAAUGGAAGGAAUUCUACACGAUGUUAUGGACCCAGUUGUAGUCGAUCAGUUAGCUGAUAAUCUAGGAAUGCAACGUGUUCUGUGUCACGGUGACUUAUCCAUGGCAAAUAUGCUUUGGAGGCAAAAUGGGACCGAAGACCUGACACUGGCUGCUAUGAUAGACUUUCAGGCUGCGCAUAUGGGUUGCCCAGUCACUGACGUAGCUGCCAUGCUCAUUCUUUGUCUGAGCGGCAAGGACAGACGGAAGCAUUGGGAAGAGGUUCUCGAACAUCUACAUGUUAAUUUGAGAAAGGAGAUAGGCGAGGAUAUGAAGAUGCCCUUCAGUCUUGAGCAGCUCAAAGAAGCAUAUCGACUGUAUUUUCCAUUUGCUGGUGCAUCGUUUCUUCCUUUUAUCGUACCGAUAUUCGAAAUAAUGUCCAAAGAUGCUAAUGAAGAGCAAAAGAAAGAGUAUUUGGAUGCUUUGCUAGAAAAAACGGAAUGCAUCUUGGAUGACACCAUCUUCUACUAUGAACGAAAUAAGAAAAAAGCCCUAGUGCGAAAAAUUUCUCAAGAGUUCGAUGAAGCAGAAUUAGUAACCUAAAAAUCCAAGUGAUAAAGCUGCUGCUAUGUUUCACUGCAUCG